AUGUGCAGUGCGUGUAAUCCCCUUCUCUACACACUCUUCUCGAAGAAGUUUCGUGCUCGAAUCACUCGUUUGCUGCGAUGUGAUCGAGCUGAAAUGAUGCCGAAACGCUGUGAUAUCACAAAUUCGAUCGUCAAAGUAAUGCCAAACUCUUUCAACGAACUAAGCGGUCGAUCUCGUCUUGAAUGGCGAUGUGCUGACGACUUCACACCGACACAUUACUAUUUGGAAGUUCCACAAUAA